UGUGUGACAUUAGGGUGGGGGGUGCGCCCUGGAGCAUUUUUUCUCCUAUGUACAGAGACGACCAUCUGCUAAGACUCUCGUGCACUGCUCCGUCUGCAGACUAUGGGGCAGCGGCAUGGCAGCAGGCUUGUCAUAGACUAGUAUAGAGGGCAGCCGUGGCUCCAUGGUGCCUGAGGAUGUAGUGCACACUGUGCUCGGGGUCAGCGCCUCCAUACACUACACCCCGGACAUACACUAGUGCUGUGUACACUGCAGGUCAUCGUCGUACUACUGUGACUGGAAGCUCAUUGAGUAGACAUUACUAGUGCAAUCCCCCUGCCUGCUGCCAGUAUCUCACACUGAGGGGGUACAGGGGGUGAGCCAUGUGGGGGGAGGCGUGUAGCCUGUGCCGCAGAAGCCUGUUCUCCGUCUACGGAUCAGUGAUCGCUCAUUGAGCGGACGAGAUUGCAACAGAAUGGCUCAUCUGCGAGACUUCCCGGCACAGGGUUCCAGAAUGGAUCCAGAACGCCUUUUCACCAAGCUUGAGCGCAUUGGGAGGGGCUCCUUUGGAGAAGUGUACAAGGGUAUAGAGAACUGCAGCAAAGAAGUGGUGGCGAUCAAGAUCAUAGACCUGGAAGAGGCAGAAGAUGAGAUUGAGGACAUUCAACAAGAGAUCACCGUUUUGAGCCAGUGUGACAGCCCUUACAUUACUCGCUACUAUGGCUCCUACCUGAAGGGGUCAAAGCUGUGGAUCAUCAUGGAGUAUUUGGGUGGAGGAUCUGCACUGGACUUGUUAAAACCUGGCCCGCUGGAGGAGUCCUAUAUAGCCACAAUACUACGAGAGAUCCUUAAAGGUCUCGAUUAUUUACACUCCGAGAGGAAGAUUCACAGAGACAUCAAAGCUGCUAAUGUGUUGCUGUCAGAGCAGGGUGAUGUGAAGCUGGCCGAUUUUGGGGUAGCAGGUCAACUGACAGACACUCAGAUCAAGAGGAACACCUUUGUGGGAACCCCAUUCUGGAUGGCUCCUGAGGUCAUCAAGCAGUCUGCCUAUGACUUUAAGGCAGAUAUAUGGUCUCUGGGCAUUACAGCCAUUGAGCUGGCUAAGGGAGAGCCUCCAUACUCUGACCUCCAUCCUAUGAGAGUCCUAUUCUUAAUUCCUAAGAAUAACCCUCCUUCUUUGCAAGGGCAGCACAGCAAACCAUUUAAAGAAUUUGUGGACGCCUGUUUGAACAAAGAUCCCCGAUUGAGGCCUACAGCACGGGAGCUGCUUAAACAUCGCUUUAUCUUACGAUACACCAAGAAAACCUCCUUCCUUAUGGAGCUGGUGGAACGAUAUCGACGCUGGAAAUCUCAGGGCCACCGUGAUGACUCCAGCUCUGACGACUCCGAUUUAGACAAUGAAGAUGACAAAAAUCAGUCCCAGACUCCUCACUGGUCAUUUCCAGAAACCAUGCGCCCCUCCUCCAUGAGCCGGCUACAGUGGGGAUACCAGCAGCCAUCAGAAGCUAUAAAACGUUUGCCAAGAUCCCACUGUUUAUCGGCGCUUGUAGCUCCAGUAUUUCAGGAGCUGAGGGAGCAGCGCUGUGCCGGAGCGUUUGGAUCCGUACAGGAACUAGAGAACGCCUUUAGCUUAGCAGAGGAGUCCAGCCCCGGAAUCACAGACCAGCUCAUUUCUCACUUGGUUCAGCGUGUGCAAAGGUUCUCCUCUGCAUCGUGAGUCCACAACAUUGGUGCUCCACACUUUCCCCUCUUCAUGUCCCAGCCUGGACCAGGACUACACUGUGAACGAGGACAUGACCAACAUGGCAUUACUUCUAGUGUAUUAUUCUUUUAUUUUUAUUGUAACAUAAAAAAAUGUUUACCGAUAUUUCUCAUCAGCACAUAAUGUAAAAAAUAAACUGACAUUUCAUAC